AUGCUCGGGACGGUAAUUGCGCCGCAUCCGCGUAGUUCAAACUGCGGCUCUGGUAUCGUGGGAGCUUCGGGUAUUACUGGCGCACCUGGCCUCGUAACAGAUCGGGUCGUGGAGUCGACCCUUGGCGAGGAAGGUGGAGGAGAAGAAUGGGAAAGCUAUGCAGCCGGCGACUCAUCAACAAUGGAUGCUCCGGGCUUCACAACGGCAACAAAGGCGCUCACGUACCGAGCUCUGUCGGCAGGCCACCCGGACGGCCUCAAUGGCCUCACCAUCGAGAGCAUCCGAGAGAGCUGCCCCUUCGCCCAGGAGCCCGACUCGCCCGAGGCCGACGACUUCUGGGACCACAGCCUCAGCAACGCGAUCAUCAGCCUGGGCCCCCCGGACGAGGCCUCCGGCAUGAGCGCCAGGGACAUCUACGACGUCCUCGAUGGUGUUGGCACCAUCCUAACCUGCUGCCCGGGCCUGCUGCUGGACCCGGGAGACGCAGGCGCCUCCGCGGACAGCGACAGCAGCCGCAGCGGUAGCAGCAGCAGCAGCAGUACUCGCUCGGCGCUUCGGACCUGCGGUCUGCUGGGCGUCAGCAUCGAGGGUACCUCCGGCCUGGCCGCCCCCGCCGGGAAAGCAGAUCUAAACGGCAGCGAGCGGGGUAACGUUGGGUUCGAGCUCACGGUGAUAUUCUCCUCGGUUCUCAGGGCCGCGCGCCUGCCCUCCGUCGCUCUCGACGCGCUCCAUGGAGCGGCAGGGCUCACGAUGACGGACAGGCAGAGAGCGGCCUGGGAGACCGAGAGGGCUCUGGUGUGGCUGCAGCUGGGUAGGGUCGGGGAGGCCGUUGUCGGGCUCAAGAGCGCGCUUGGCUGGGACGCGGGGGACCUCCGGGUUCUGCAGCCGUUGGGCGCGGCUCUUGUGGCUCAGGGGUCCGUGGCGGAAGGCUUCCACUAUCUGCGGGAGGCUGCCGAGCUACAAAAGAGCAGGAUCGCCACCGUGUUCGAACAGAUCGUCCGAAACCAGGGGUUGGAUCCUUCAAUCUUGGAGACGAAGAAUCGAAAGCGGAACUGGAUGGCGAUGUUCCUGGGAUGGGCUCUGCAAGGGAAGUGGAAGAAGCUCGGCGGUUCGGUGCACGUGCUGCGAAGGGUGGACAACUUCUUGAGGAGGCAUUUUUCGGCAGACUCCGAGAUUUCGUUCAUGCUUGGUCGAGAGCUCUCCAAGCGCGGGUUCCAGAAGGAAUCUUGGCACUACCUCACGAGCGCGGCGGCACCGUGGAACAGACAGAUUUACCGAAUCCGAUCAGCCCUGUCAAUCCCGACCGUGGCAAGCAGCGAGCAGGACCUAGCGCUAGCCAUGGCAACCCUGGAGGGUUGGUUAAGGCGCCAGGAGCCCCUUGUCGAGGACCCGCCCCAACCCGCUCGGCGUCAUGGCCACCACACCACGACCACCACCAGUAGCGGUGGUGACUUCGAGACGCCCUUGUCGAGCUGCUCGUUCGGGGCGUUAAACUACCCCGACGUCGCGUUCGAUAGCCUCCCUCUGCUGGCGUUCGCGGACCACCGGUACCCGCGUCGAAAUCGCGGCGGCCUCGAAGCCGACGACGCCGGUUCUCGCCGCUCCCCUGAGGGUGGGGGCGGAACGGGGGACGGCGACAAGGACGAGGGUGUGCCGCCGCGGGGGGUUAGUGGCGAAGUCGACGGAGACGCCUGGAGAAUGCCGGGGUUGGUGGGCCGAUCGGCAGGGAAGGGGUUAGACGAGAACGGAGGCGACGACGCUGAUAGGUUGUCCCUGUACGGGUCGAUCGGACGGCUGUUUUGGAGGCUCUGUCCCGACCUCGGGGCCUUCGUGGCCCCCUGGUUGGAUCGAUAUGGCGGGGCCUCCAGCCUGGCGCCGGAGGCGGACGGGGGGCUCCGCGGAGAGGCGGACGGGAGGGUCAGGGUCGCUUUCGUGUCGUCGCGGUUCGGGAACCACGCCACGACUAAGGCGCUAGCCGCGCUCAUGCGUUUGCUUCCCCGGCAGCAUUUUGAGAUCGCUCUUUGGGGCCACGCUCCGACGCUCGGCAUCGGCUCGAUCGACUACUACGUUGUCCCCGAACCCCUUGUCGCCGACGCCUGGCUGGGAGACGACGAACUCCAGACGGCGAGAGACUCGACAUGCGAGGGGGAAGUACUGGACGACGAAGAGGAGGACGAUUUCCUUUUCUGGGAACGUCCGGCCGGGCCUGAUGGCAGUGGAAACGACGGUGGCAUGAAGCACCGGGGGGUGCGCCACGGGAGUGACGCUACCGCCAAUGACGGAGGGGGUGGUAGCGGUAGGCGCCGUAACGACGCCUGGCAAGGUCGGAGAGACCCGCCGAGGAGCUUCGGGUUUCCGGAACCCCCGACAAGAGAUUUCGGGCCCCCCCCGCUCGAUCCGUGUGAUGAUGACGGUAACGGCGAGGAACGACGGAACGCGUUCCGGGGCCGAAACGGAUUACCGCCGAGGGCGGGGGGGUCGGGGCCGGCGACGGGGGCGGUGGACCCUGAGAAGAAAGUCGGAGAAACGUCUGGGGCAGCAGCGGCGGCAGCGGCGGCGGCGGGGCCGGGACCGGGCGUAGAAGCGGGGGACGGUAGGGCGGGAAGUGCGGGCCGUAGCAGGAUGCGGCUGAAGGUGGGCAUGGCCGCGGCUGCGGAAAUGGAAGGGGGAGAGGACGACUAUGACGACUAUGACGACGAUGACGACGAUGACGACGACAUCAACCUGUAUGGCAUAUUUACCGAUGACGGCGACCUCGUGGACUACGAGAGCCUGGUGGCGACGCUGAAAGCGAGGGGCAAGGGGCGGGAGAAGCUAGAGCGAAUCGUGAGCGCGCUCCUGGACGAACAGGCGCUCCUGGACGAGCAGGAGCAGGGGGGAGACGCGAAUGAGGGCGAGGGGGGGUGGUGGCCAGAAGAAGACCGACAACGAGGCGACGACAGCGUUGCUACAGAGAAUCAGCACGGACAACAUUAUCCGAACGGCGGCGACGUCGAGAUGAGCGCCCGGAUCCACCAGCGCGCGCGGAGCAGAGCCGCACGAGACGAUGCCCAGGACGGUGCGAAGAAGAGCCCCGCCAGGUUGCGACAGGAGGACAUCCUGAGGAGGCACGUGAUAGGCCCCGGGCGCUCGAUCAUCGGCGGAGAGGAAGUCGACGUCGGGCACUCAAACGGCGACGGCAGCGGCGAUGACGGCGACAACACUUUCGGUGGCGGAGCCGCGUACGCCGGUGAUUUCGACGAAGAUGAUGACGACCAAGGGAUGUACGAGGACGGCCUGUUCGUGGACGAGUAUGGCCGCGUCUUCGACGGCGAGGUGUUCGUGGACGACUUCGGCGAAGGUUUCGAUGGCGAGCUGUACGUGGAUGACUUCGGCGAUGCCUUCGACGGGGUCUAUGAGGGUGUUCUCUACGAUGACGACGACGUCGAGGGAGACGGGGGAGGCGUCUAUUUCUUCAGGAACGGUGACAAGCCGCUGGGCGAUGAUGGAGGCUUCGCGGAUGACGAUUAUUUUCAAGGGUACUACGACGGCGAUGACAGGGGCUGCGAUAGGAGCAGCGGUGAUUGGCCACGCCCGUGGGCAGGUUUCGACUACGCCGAGACGGUGGAAGAGCAAGUGGUUUUCUUGGAGAGCUUGGGCGCGUUUGUGCAGCCUCCCGGGUGGGGGGGGCGGCUCGGUAGUGGACGGCUGGCGAGGCUUGCAGACGCUUCGGAGAUAAGACGAAGGCACCUGUUGCCGGAGAUGUCGUCCUUGGCGGUGCUGCCCAUCCCUGUAUAUCACUUCCACCCGGAGUUUGAUGUAGCCGUGGGCAUGCUUCUUGAAAGACACCCUUCGAUCCACGUGGUUGUGGUGGUUGAGGAAACCCCCGCGGAGGCCUUGAGGACGGAGGGGGAGUUCUACCAGCACGACCACCUGCAGUACGCCUCGCCCCCCGUGUGGACGGAGAAGCUGCGGUCUCGUCUUGCUGCUCGCCUGGGCGAGAACAUCUGGCGGGUGCACCUCCUCCCUCCGGUGGAUUCGUGGGACUACUUCGCCAUGCUCGGGGUGGCGGACGUUGUUCUGGACCCGUUUCCCGUUGGCAACCUAUACGCCGCCGUGGACGCCUUCGCCCUUGGAACUCCGGUGGUAACCCUGCCCUCUCGGCAGAGAGCGGGGGCUAGGUACGUGCAGGCGCUGGCGAGCGAUCUCGGGCUGCCGGCUAGCUGCUGCGCGGCGGCGACGCUGAGCCACUACGUCGAUCUCGCGGCAAGGCUCUGCUUAGACGAGGAAUGGGCCGACGAGGUAUCGGACAUCCUCUACGCCGUCAGGGAGUGGGUGUACCUCACCCCGGAGGCGCCACGGGAAAAACCGCACAAGCGGGGGCCUCCACAACCACCACCGGAUCAGUUAUUCGGGGGCGACCACAGCCAAAGAGCACGACAAGGAUGCGGCGGUGCAGACGGCGGUGACCCUCCUCGUGCUGUCCGGAGGGGCGGGCGGUGCUCGGCCUGGGCUCGAGGGCGACGGCACCUCCAAGAGUGGGCCGGGUUCUUGUGGAGAGUGAGCAGGCCGGGCGUUCCGGCAGAGUUUUCCGUGGACUUGCGGCAGGAGGGCGGGGCUACGCGGAAUCAUUACUGUUCCGCAGGGAGGCGGUCAAACGCGUGCGGUUCCUGUGCGACGAGGCGGAGGGCGGAGAAACGCGCUGCGGCGGCGGCGGGGGCGGCGGCGGCGGGAUAACUUGCCCGUCGCUAGGCACAACGGGCUGGAUAAGUUGGCGGUUGUUGUCGACUCCGACGGAGUUCGUGUAUACGUUGCCGUGAAAUGUGUCGUGUUGUUGGUGAUGGCCCCCAGCUAAAUAGUAGGGGUUCGUGGCAGGGCGUGUAAGGAAGCCCUUGUUUUUGUCCUGUACUUUGGUACGGCGGGUUUUCGUAGAGUGUAAAACAUUUCGGGUGUGUUAAGAGUCUUCCAAAGUCCGUGGAGGACAUUCAAGGGUUGGGGAAAAAGUGGGUGCUUGCUUGGGACUCGCCACGAAUGCUUCAGAAUGAAGGUGGAGCUCGAGACGACUUCGUCCGUGAACGGGAAAUUGACCGUGUCUACCCGUAGGUGAGUGUGGUUCGGCGUCUGUUCGCAGUAGUACUCGAAAGCAAGACGUCAGUAUAUCUUUGCUUUGUCUAUUCUAUCCCGGGUAUGUUUUUUUUUGCCAACAGUGGAUAGCCCCCCUCUGAGAUCAAUGGUAUCUCCUUCUGGGAGUGGAUUUGUGCGGAAUUCCGCGUCGGUUCGUGCGGCGUCCUCUUUUUGCUGGAAUAUGCCCCGCUUGCAAGACGGGAUUCUUCAUCGUUUUGUGUCAGUUCAUACAUUCUCAGACGUCGUGUAGUCUUCAUGGUGCUGUAGUUCUCCUGCUUCGCUACGUUCCAUGCUAUUGUUACAGUAAAAUAGAUUGUUCGCGGGUGAGGUGUUGUACUGCCUUGGAAGACAUGCCGGUCUGUUUGCAUCCAGUCGUUGAGCA